CUGAAAUCUUGUGCCUAGGCUGGGGACCAUUGGGUUUCAUAGUGGGCAUCUUGCAGCCAAGCAACUUCGGUGGCUCAAGAAUUCUGAGUGGAAUUGCUCAACCCGGAUUUGGUCAGCACCAUCACUGGAUCUACCCAUAUACCCUGAAGCACAGUCGAUAGGCGAGACAAGGCGAGCAGGCGAAUCAGUUCAUUUACUCCGAAGUACCUUGGCAACCAACCUACGGCCAUGGGGGACUCCCAGUUUCCUAGUUGUAGUUUUGAAUUUGUCAUGUAUUUGGUGGAAAGGACAAGUUUGAACCUAUUGGUUAGGGGGUUCCUGGCACAGGGUUGGUUGUGACUACCGGGUGUCUGGUUUUCUCGCGGGACACUUUGGCAGCCCGGCCGCCCGUCGUCCGACCUCGGCCGGACCGAGGACUUCAUCCCCUCGCCCACCCAAGUGCCGGGCCCCGCCGUGUCUGCGAAGCUCCGCGCCAAUCUCCAGUGGUCCAGAGGCGUCUCAGAGCUCCUGAGUCAUCUUAGCCGUGCCCUCCGGGCGACCUCGAUGGACGGCCAUGUGGACCGCCAUGUGUUCGGCGCGGCAUUGAAGCGCUGCGAGCAAGGGCGCUGGUGGGACGGUGUUCAAGAAGUGAGACGCUUGCAAGUCGCUCAUGGGGUAGAGAUGGAUGAGGUGGGCCUGGGCAUCUACCUCACUGCCUUGGCCCGCUGUGGUCGCACCGCUGCGGAUACACCUGUGACGCAGAAGAAGCUCCUCGCGGAUGCGAGGAGGGCCUGGGAGGAGUUUACUGGGCACUUUGCGACCUUGGACCAGGGGCGCAUCUUGCUGAAUUCAGCUCUUCAUGUUUGUUCAGUGUCUACCACUUGCGCCGGUGAAGAGGCCUUGGGCUGGGCCGAAGAGCUUUGGAGCUGGGCAUUCAAGCAUGGCAUCCAGCCCAACCAAGUGAACUAUGAGACCUUUCUCACGGUUUUGAGCAAGUGUGGAAAGCACGAACGUGUUGACGAGAUGCUCCGGCAGAUGGAGGACCAUGCUAGGUGCCCAAGCCCUGUGCUGCUCGCGGCUUUGGUGCAUGUGGCCGGCGAACAGCGCAAUGCAGAGCGCGCAGAAGCUCUUUGGCAGAGGAUGCUCGAGAUGGGCACAGUGCCCAAUGUGCUGGCCCUGGCGGCCCGUGCCAAAGCGCACCUGCUCUCAGGCAAUGUGAAGGCAUGUGCCGAAAUCUUGGAGUCGGCUGAUACGGCAGCUCUCGUAGCCAAUUACAAGAUGAGCGAGAUGCUUGUGCAGGACCCUGGUGGCCACGAGAGGGGAAGCCCGUGCGCAGGUCGUGUUUCAGUGUUUGUCCGAGCUUGUUUGACAGGCGAUUGCCAAACAUCAAAUGAUGCUCCUUUUGGCAGAAGCCACUACGGCGGAAUAUGGCGGAAUGACUUACUUGUCUUUUUUGUUGAAGAGAAGUGAGAUUGCCAUGUCAAUCUCACUUCACACGGGACGCCUGCGUCAUUUUUUCUUUCGGUGAUUGCUGCUGAAUUCAAAGCUUUUGGACGACUUCUUCAUGGGGUUUUGGUUUUGAUCCGAAUCCAACAGUGCGAUGUGUUUAGGUGAGACCCAGCAACGCAUUUGACGAGAGUGAAAUUGACCAUCACCAUAUCGCAAAAAGACAGUGCCGGGGUCGGGGUGUUUCCAAAGCGGUCUAUGGGCUCCUCUUUUUUCCAUGGUACCCCCUCUUGGCGGGUGAUGUCAAGUCUCUAUGUUUGCCUGUUUCCUGUGUUCUUGUUUUCACCAGGCGCGGGCGGUGAUCUACCACGCCUCGCUGGCGACGCCGGACCAAGCCUCGUUGGAAAUGGCGCUGGAGUCAACAGCCGCUGUUGGGGAGAUGAGCCAUAGUCAGGGAGAGGUGCAGACCGCAGCGCUGUUGGGAGAUUUUCGAUGAAACAUGCGGUACAAGGAAACUCUAGAACUGUGUUUUUGUGCAGUGUGCCCCUAGAACUGAGGCAUCGGGUUGUGGAUCAGGAGUCAUCCACGUGUUGAGGGCAGCAAGUGGCUCUACCGCAAGAAUCUCCAGGGCCCCUGUUUUCGGCCCAAAAACACAGGACCAUCCGCCCAAACAGGCUUCCCCCUACUCACGCUUGCUGCCACCCUCGCAGACGUGGCACCGGCUGCGGCGUGUGAGUUGGGCGCUGCUGGAGGAGCCGCAGGGUCAACGGCUCCAUGGGCUGCUGCUGACGCAACAUGCGCAGCGUGCCAUGGGACGCUGGAGAAAUUUCCAGGUGGAAUCCGGUGGUCGAAUCCGGUGACGGAAGGAAAGUAGAAGGCAGUGAAGGCAGAGGAAGGUGUUGAGUGUUGAUGUGUGCUUUUUAGGGGGCCAAGACGGACUCAGAAGGGCACGUAGAUUGAUGGCCUUGGGAGCUAUGCAGGAUGCAGGGAAGAAUGUUCUACGAGCUAUAGUAGAUGUGAGACACUCUGUCUGGAGCCACCACGAAACCUUUGCAGCUGGAAAACUUUGCAGACACGUAAGACCUUGGAUACUCAGCGAUCACAGCAGAAAGACACCCUGGAACCAUCAAAGGUAAGUAGUGUGUGGUCCUUCCCCAAGCAAAGGUCCAGGACAUGUUUGGUCUAGCUGCAGGGGCUUCGGAACCUUACAAAAUUAUGGAGUGUUUGAUUCUGACCAUCGGAAAAAAAGACACCUCUCAACUAGACUCAAUCGGAUGGUGGGUUGCUCUCCUUUGCAUUGUACUCGCAGUGAGGCUGGCACACACUACUUGGACUCAACUUGAAGGAGACAACUCAGCGGGAGCCAGGACCCAGCAAAAGGCCCUGUGCAUCCUUCAGCCAGACUGCUCCGUGUGGCAGUUGCUCUUCCAGAUCGCAGCUGGACCGCUUGACAGUGCAAAGGAGGCGUGGCGAAGUCCAAGUUGGCAGGGUGCCAUCUCGUUCAUAUCCUGGUUGAGAAGAAGAAAUUGUCCAAAAAAGCUUGGCUGGCAGCUGCAGAGACGGCGGCGUGGGAUGCUGGCGCACAGACAGGACGCACGCCGUUUCUGAUGCUGCUGAAUGGCGGCGUGAGGCGUUCGCUGCAGAAGUUUUCAGCUCCGUGCAGGAUGCAACAUUGAUGGAGAAAGUACACAGGAAAGGAUGAUGUGUUUUGAGAUUUUUUUUGUGAAGGGUCCACUAUGAAGUAAAGAAAGAUUCUCACCCAGUUUGACACCGUGAAGUAUGUUGUAGUCGAGAAAACAGCGCUGAGGAUGCUCAUUCGGC